AUGCCCUCCAGCGCCGCCACUGCGUUCCAUAUUGCUGCUGCUGCUGUUCCCUCGGCAGCUACCACAAAACACUCUCAACACGACCCCGCCGACAACUCGGACGCCGAAACCGAGCCUCUCCCCUACGACGACGACGACAACGACCAAGACGCUCCCGCCGACGACGUCAUGGAUCUCGAUCAACUCGCCCAGCACGCAGCUGCGUCUGCAGCCAUCCCCACCGAUCAAGAUGCUCUAGGCGAACCAGAAGACAUUUCCAUGGACCAGUCCCAGGACAGCCAGCUAGAGCCAUCGCAAGCAGAAGACCUAGCUGAUCUGCCCACAUCGCAGCAAACCGCUGCCCAAGAUCCUAACUCCAAUAUGAGCUCACCCCAAAAGACCGGCGGCUUCACCGGCGACGAAUUCAGCGAUGAAAGCGAGCUCACCGACGAGGACGACGACCACAACCAAGACGAAGACGGCUCAUCACUAUCCGACGAUGAUCUCGGCGGCUCCGAAGAUGACGAAGAAGAAGAAGAAGAAGAAGAGGAAGACGAGGAGCAAGAAGAUGACGACGAACAAGACGCGAACAAGACGCACGAAGACGAAGCAGCGGAAGCACUGGCCGCGCUCACUGGCGGGGCAGAAGGCGCCGAUCAAGAUGCUGACGCGGCUGCCGGUCUCGAUGCACUUGCAGCCCUCGCAACCGCAGAUCAUGCCGAAAACGAUCAAAACGAUCAAGACGAAGACGACGUCUCGGAACCAGAAGCCGAAGAAGAAGACACUGAGCCAGCUGCUGGCUCGCUCGAUGGCGCUGCAAUGCCUGGGCGGGUCCAAUUGCUACGUCACGAGGCCGACGAUGAUGGUCUCAGCUCCGACAUCACUCCUGAGCCCGAAGAUGGCGAUGCUGCCGAUGCCCUCGCAGAGGAUGCAUCAGAUCAAGAACAUACCGGCUCGCAUCGGGAUACCAAUCUCGAUAUGAUUGCCUCCAUGAAGAAGCGCGCAGCCGCCACUGGAGGUGCCACAAGUCUGCUCGAACCAGAGCAGCUCGUCGACAGCCUUCCAGGCUCCGCUUCUUCUUCGCGCGCUCCCUCGCCCCUCGCAGACGACGACGACGACGCCGAAAUGGCCGAACAUGCAGAAGACGCAGAUGCUGACGCCGACGUCAAAGCUCCACAAGCCGAUCAAGCCGAGGCUGAGCAACCCGAUACAGCCGCUGGCACACCAGCACCAGACGCCGCCGAGCACGACGAUGAAACUUCCACCGAUGAAGCGGCCAUCCGACGUCAAGAGGCCAUGGAAGCCCUCACCAAGAUCGAAAUCGGCUUUGCCAUGCUUCGCGACCGCCUCUACGUCGAGCGACUCCAAGAAAUCUCAAAGGAAGGCGACAUGAUCUUGGACGGCACCCAUCCCGAGCUGCUUCACCUCACAAAGGCAAUAGAGAUGCGCCGACAGCGACGCACAGAGCUCGUCGAGAUGUGGUUCGAGCAACAAGAGAUGCAGUACGAGCGCGUCGCCAAGGCAGAGGAGUUUGCAGCAUGGAGCAUUUGGCGCUCGAGCUGCGCCAGCUUGCGUCGCGAUAUGAUGGACGAGUUUAGCAGGAAACGCAGGCGACUCGAUCGCGAGAAGCGCACACUCGACGCACCUCGACCAGCGCGAAGACAUCAAAUCUUUGAGACCGAGCUGGUACGAAACCCGGACCGCUUGCACAUUCCCUUAAACUCCUCUACCCUGGCUGAAGAUGCCGAAGCAACACAUGCCAACGGAUCCAAGGCGGCUCGAAAGCCGUCUACGAAGCGCAAGGCGCUCGCUCGCGAGAUCGAGGCAGGCGACGAGUUUGUCGCCUACCCAGAUCUCAAGGGACUUGCCGAAGCCGACGUCAUGAUGGACAUUGAGCAGAUGGGCAUUCGACCCGUCGGCGUACCGCCAGGCAUGUACGACCCUUUCUACGGCGCUCCUGUUGGCCUCGAGUUUCAGAAUCCCGAAAUGUACGCCUUGUACGGCCCGGACGCUGCUGCUGCUGCCGCUGCCACUGCAGCUGCAGCCCAGGCGCAUAUAAACGGUAUGCCAUACAACUUGCCACCUGGUGCCCGUGGACUGCCACCACCGCCUCCGGGUGCCAUGAUGGCACCGGGCACGCCCGGAUCGGUGCACGAGCCUCAUCGCCACGGCAUGCAUGCUCUACCGCCACCGUCAGGACAUAUGCAUCCCGGAAUGGAAAUGGGCAUGAUGGCGUUUGAUCCGUACGCGGCUGCCGAGAUGGAGCGAGCGGCUCGCAUGCAUCACCGCGAGCAGCAGGCGCGCAUGGGCUUGGAUCCGCACGAUCCUCAUCACCGAAGCUCGCCUUUCCCACCGGACAUGUACGCACCCUAUCCACCACACUUCAACGUUGCACCUGGCGCUGCUGUUCCCGGACCAGGCAUGCGAGCGGGCAUGCCCAACAUGCCUCCGUCCCCGACACCGCCUCAUCGAGUAAGCGGCGGUCGCAAGGAACGCGGUAGCAUCGAGGACGGCAUCAGUGUCAGUGUCAGUGGUCGCGGUCGUGGUGGUGCCAAAACGUCUGGACGAAGCAAGCAGCCUCGCUCGAAUCACGCUCGUGACACGCCAACGAGCUCUGCAGUGAGCAUCGCAUCACCUGCACACGCAAAAACAUCGAGCAGCUCAAAGACGAAUCUGCCGCCGCCACCGUCUAUGCCUGUGGGAACGGUGGGUUCUGUUGACGAACGCGACCACAAGGCGCUCAGCAACGGUGCAUCGCAUCGAGCGCCCGCGGCACAUCGCGUGCGUCAUCCGAUCCAGCAGCAGCAGCCGGCGCCGGCGCCCACGCCCGCAUUUGCAGGUGCGAGGAAACGCCCUUCGCCUGGACCUAACGUUGGACUUCAGAUUCCAUCGGGGCCUCCUGCAGCCACACCAGUGGCAGCAGCCGCUGCAACAGGCGUCGGCAACAGAAACCUAUAUCCUUCGGAUUAG